AUGAGGUUGAUCCUGUUUUUUGGUGCCCUUUUUGGGUAUACCUACUGUCGACAGACAUUUGUGGGACACCAAAUUCUUGAGAUGAUACCAAGGAAUGAAGAACAAAUAAAAAAUCUGACGGAACUGGAGGCUGAAGAACAUCUUCAGGGAUCUCUUGACUUCUGAAAGUCACCCACCAUCCCAGGGGAGAUAGCCCAUGUCCGAGUUCCCUUUUCCAGCAUCCAGGCAGUCAAAAGUUUCUUGGAGUCCCAAGAAACGCCUUAUUCUGUCACGAUUGAAGAUGUUCAGGCUCUCUUGGUCAAAGAGAAUGAAGAAAUGUUAUUUAAUCUUAAGACAAGAGAACGGAAUGGUAACUUCAACUUUGAGGCUUAUCAUACCUUCAAAGAGAUUUCCGAAGAAUUGGAUAACCUCGUUGCUGAGCACCCUGGUCUACUGAGCAAAGUGAAUAUUGGCUAUUCUUUCGAAAAGCGGCCCCUGAGCGUGCUCAAGAUACACAGCACCGGAGGACACAAGCGGGCCUUCUGGAUAAAUGCCGGAAUCCAUGGUCGAGAGUGGAUUACUCAAGCUACUGCAUUGUGGACAGCAAAUCAGAUUGCCUCUGAUUAUGGAAAUGAUCCAUCUCUUACUUCCAUUUUGGACGCAGUGGAUAUCUUCCUGCUGCCGGUCGCAAACCCUGAUGGAUAUGUGUUCUCUCAAACCAAAAAUCGUAUGUGGUAGAAGACCUGGUCCAAGAUACCUGACAGAGACUGUGUUGGUGUCGAUCUUAACCGGAACUGGGACGCACAUUUUGGAGGACCUGGAGCCAGCAAUGACCCCUGCUCUCAUGGAUACCACGGACCCAGUGCCAACUCUGAAGUUGAAGUGAAAUCCAUAGUGGAUCUCAUCAAGAGGCAUGGAAACUUCAAGGCCUUCAUUACCCUCCACAGCUACUCCCAGCUGCUGGUGUUCCCCUAUGGGUAUACAUGUAGCAGGCCAGAUAACUUUAAUGAGCUGAAUGAAGUGGCCCCAAAGGCUGCCCAUCUUUGAGAAGCCUGAAUGGCACCGUAUAAAGUGGGACCUAUGUGCUCAAUUGUCUACCAAGCCAGUGGAGGAAGCAUCGACUGGGCCUGUGACUUUGGCAUCAAAUACUCAUUUGCCUUUGAACUGAGAGACACGGGUUGCUAUGGCUUCCUCCUGCCUGCCGAUCAGAUCUUGCCCACAGCCAAAGAAACCUGGCUUGGUUUGAAGACAAUCCUGGAGCAUGUGCGAGACCACCCCUAUUAG